UUUUUUUUUUAAAUCGAAAGUAGCACGAACGAAAAUACUGGUCAACAUCUCGUUUGCAACGUAUCGCGAUAUCUUUCUAGGUCGAUUUCGUUUAUAAUAAUCUUCUUUCUUUCUUUCUUUCUUUUUUUUUUUUUCUUUAAUCGUCGAUAUCUUCGCUUUGACACUUUUAAUACCUUUAUCAUCUUUGCAUAUUUGAUUUUAUCUGUACCGGUUUCCACGAUUUACCUGUAUAUACGGUAGAUACGCAAAUUCACCUGAGAAAACAAAAGAAUUUCGAAACUCGCCGAGAGAAAUCUGUUUAAUCGGCGUCUGUUCGGUUUACCAAGAAUGCCUCGGAUAUUGCGAAAUCGAAAAUUUGAUGGGUGAUUAAACGACUUCAUUUCUCAAUGAAUCACUCGAAAUCCCACCCUACGAGGGAGGGAGAGGGGAUAGAGAAAUCCAUGAAUCAUCCCUUCGUAAAAGCUAAGCAAUAGGAUAUCCCAUAUACUCGAUAUUUCCCGCUCUUUCCCGGUUGACGAAAGAUCCACGGAAUCACGUUUUGAAAGGAGGCCAUUUUGCCAUUCAUUAGUCCCUCGAAAUUCUAGAUGCCCACGUGAAAUACUUUCUCGUUCCGCUCGGGUCGGUUAGUGCGGUCCUGUCGUGGAAAAAAAAAAGAGAAAAGACAAGGCGUGCACGAGACUCGAUACUCCAGCUUGCUCUAAGGUAUCCUCCGCGUAUAAUCCUGGUUAUCUCGUGCCUGCAUGCCUCUGCGGGCACAUCUGCCACCGUCGAAGAAAGAGGAAAUUGCUGCGAGUUGGCCCGUGGAGAAUGGACCUUGUGUUCUUGCACUUCUUGGACCGGUGCGCGUAGAUUUUCUAAAAAUGUCGGGGGAAGAGGCACGAUCAUCGCGCAAGGAAAGGCAGGAAGAUAAGACGGAUCCGGGUGCUAGUAGACACGGGAACUUCAUGAAUUAUUACCAAUUCCAUCCUGCGGAAGAGCGCGUGCGACAACUUCCGCGUGGCGUGUGGCGGUCUGCCCAUCCGGACCGGAAAUACGUAGGCCUAGACGUCGGCUGUAACGCGGGGGAUUUAACAUUCGUGUUGCACGACUUCCUCGAGAAAGCUUUAUCGGCCGAUCAGUCGAAGGAGAUCAGUUUGCUCGGCGUGGACCUCGAUCCGAUCUUAAUAGAGCGGGCACGGGAACGCAAUCCACGCCCGGAUCGUAUUAUUUUCGAGUGCCUCGAUUUUUUGACCGAGGAUUGUAACCGAUUCCUGAACGAGCAUCUUGCCCGAUUCGAAAAGUCACGAUUCGACGUCGUGUUCUGUUUCUCGGUUACGAUGUGGAUCCACUUGAACCACGGGGACGAAGGGCUGGUGAAAUUUCUGAGAAAGGCUUGUUCCGUAGCCGAAAUGAUAGUGAUCGAGCCGCAAGUCUGGAAAUGUUACAGAAACGCGUCCAGAAGGCUUAGACGUUCGAAGGCCGAGGAUUUCCCAUUGUUGAAAACGUUGAAAUACACCGGAGAUCCUGUUGAACAUAUUGAACGUAUAUUAAGGGAAUUUUGUAAUUUUCGAAGAGUCAUGGUUACGAAGAACAAUGAGUGGAAACGGAGACUAUUAAUUUAUGCGAGGACGUGAGCUAUCGCUCUUCAGAUUGAUGCAUUUCCGUACGCUAAUCGACGUCGAACCAGCGACGAGGAUAUAGUACAUAUAUAUAUAUAUUUUAUGCGAAUGUGGUUAAGAAUAUUAAUACAAUUGGCGGAAUAAUUUCUGAUAGAUGAUUUGCAUAGAAGAAAAAAGAUAGAUGACUUGCAUUAAUGAAAAAUAUCAAAGAAAGGUUACCAAAUUUUUGGAAAUUUUUGUUUAUUUUUCAUACAUUUAAUUUUUCGUAAGGUUAUUAAUUAAUAUGUUGAAGUUUAAAAUUGACUAACUUCAAGUUUCAUUUUGAUACGUUGAUUUAAUACAAUUAAUUUAAUAAUACA